UGAAAUUUCGGUAAAGCAGCAUCAAUAUUACGGUACUUAUACAUCCAUAAACAUGAAGGUACUAGCCCUUUUAGUUACUGUUUGGUUUAGUUUGGCUUCUGCCCAAAAAGACCCACAUUUUUGGGAUGGCAGAAAUACCAUAGUCCAUCUGUUCGAAUGGAAAUGGUCAGAUAUAGCUUCAGAAUGUGAAAAUUUCUUGAGCGUCAAAAACUUUGCUGGUGUUCAGGUAUCUCCUCCUGCUGAAAGCGUGGUCGUAGAAGGCAGACCCUGGUGGGAAAAAUACCAACCUGUCAGCUACACACUAAAUAACAGAGGUGGGGACGAAGCAGCCUUUACUGACAUGGUCAGUCGUUGCAACAAAGUUGGAAUCAGAAUCUACGUUGACCUUGUCGCAAAUCAUAUGGCCACCUCAAAUGGACAAGGUUCAGCAGGUAACACCUGCGAUCCCGGUUCUAAAUCAUACCCAGCAGUAUCAUACACCAGCGAAAACUUCCACACCUCUUGUGACAUCGACUACACCGAUGCCUCCUCUAUCAGGAACUGCGAACUGACUGGCUUGAAGGACUUGGACCAGAGCCAGGACUACGUCAGGGGCAAGAUCGAGGAGUACAUGAACCACCUGAUCAGUCUUGGAGUGGCUGGAUUCCGUGUGGACGCUGCCAAGCACAUGUGGCCCGCCGAUUUGCAAGCUAUCUUUGGCAGUUUGAAUGACCUGAACACCGACCACGGGUUCGCUAGUGGAGCUAGGGCUUUCAUCUUCCAGGAAGUCAUUGAUACAUCGACUGGCCCUGUAAAAAACACCGAAUACACUGGUUUCGGAAAAGUGUGCGAGUUCUUGUUCGGAAACGAUCUUGGACCAUCUUUCAGAGGUGAAAAUGCUCUGCACAACUUGAAGAACUGGGGAACUGAAUGGGGUCUCUUGGACGGGGGUGACACUGUUUCCUUUGUAGACAACCACGACAACGAAAGAGACAGCCAAAUCUUCUUGCACUAUACCAACGACAAACCGUACAAAGCUGCCAUCGCCUUCAUGUUGGCUCAUCCUUACGAUACAACAACUAGGGUCUUGUCUAGUUACAAAUUCGACUCUAGUGACCAAGGACCACCAAGCAACGGUGACGAUAUCCUUUCCCCUGAAUUCGGAUCCGAUGGCGCCUGCACCAACGGCUGGGUCUGCCAGCACAGGUGGUCGCCCGUCUUCAACAUGGUCGAGUUCAGAAACGUGGUGUCCGGCACCGAACUGACCAACUGGUGGGACAACGGCAGUCAGCAAAUCGCGUUCAGCCGAGGAGACAAAGGCUUCUACGCGGCCACUGUCAACGAGGACAUUGCCACCAGCAUCAGCACGGGACUGCCUGACGGAUCAUACUGUGACGUCAUGUCCGGUAGCUUGGUCAAUGGAGCUUGUACUGGCAAGACGUUGACAGUGAGCGGUGGCCAAGUGUAUGUUGAGCUCGGUGGUGCUGAACUCGAAGCCGCUGUGGCUAUCCAUGUCAACGCAAAAUUGUAAAGGAGUUGAAUAGAGAAAUAUGUUGUGGUUUAUACCAGUACAGUACAAUAUUAUUAUUAUAAAAUAGGCUGUGUACAUCUUUUUCAUACAAAUUAAAUAAUAGAUAAUUUAUUUGAAU